AUGCAUUUUCCAGGCAGCCUAUACCUUUUUCUGGUCUACCUUUCAUCGACAGCGCGAGGUGUAUAUGGUGCGGCGGUUCCACGGUCCCCGCCAUUAACGCAGCUCGCCACUCGCCAAAGCACUGAUGAUUGCCAAAUCCUUCCCGCCAUUAUAACCAACUUUUAUUGGCACAAUAGUACUCACAGUUGUGGGUGCGACGAUGGUGGUUGCCUUCCAACGGGUCUCCAUGGUGGCCCUGGGUGUGGCCCACCUGAUACUCUAGAGGCCACUUUCUCGCAGCGAUCCCCAACAUACAAUGACAUCUUAACCUGCGGUGCAUCGGACCCCGGCAGUGUCCCUGCUCGACCGAUUCCUGGUGGACCAUUUAACUGCCGCUCCCUUGGUAGACGGUUCUUCUUCUCUGUGAACGGCACGGAAGGUACACUGACCUACGUGGAGCCAAACUUUACAUGCCCUAAUGGUAGAGCGCAGGUUACCUACAUCGGAUCAUUUGAGAUGGACUGUGUAUACGACAGCUUUCGGAACUCGACGUGUGUGCAGCGUGAAUCCGCCUUCCAGCUUGAGCCGGAUGAGGUCGUGGAUAUCCAUUGA